ACUUGAGUUGAGUUGAAGGAUGAGAGAGAGGAGAGAGUGAACUAGUCCGGAGCUGUACCUGAGAUCUUAGCUAACUUAGACGGGGCGACCACUCAGUCUGAAUCAUGCACCGCGUCAGCUGUACGACUCACUGGGAGUGGUGUGGAAAUUGUGCAAGAUACGGAUAAGACACGUUUAUUUCACUUUGCCAUCAAAUGUUCCGCCGCUGCUUCUAAGUUUCCCGGAUUCCCGUUUAACGCUAUAAUGCUCGCGCAGGAGCCCUGCGUCUGGACUUACCCCAUUUUCUCCCUCUCGCGGAUUUGUUUCUGCUGACGCCGUAAAUCGAGGCUGGAGUUUGUUUGUAACGUGUAAAAGGCAACAAUUUGGACUGGAAAGCUGUGUGAAAUAGUUACAAGUCAAAAAACAAGAAAGAAAGACUUCAACAUGGGGAAUGCGGGGAGUUUGGACCAGCACACUGACCCGAGAGGACACAACAUGCCGUUAAAACUGCCCAUGCCGGACCCGGGGGAAUUAGAAGAACGGUUCGCAGUUGUUUUGAAUUCUAUGAAUUUGCCUCCAGACAAAGCCCGGUUACUGCGUCAGUAUGACAACGAGAAGAAGUGGGAGCUCAUCUGCGAUCAGGAAAGAUUUCAAGUGAAAAACCCUCCUCACACAUACAUCCAGAAGUUGAAGGGUUAUCUGGACCCAGCAGUCACCAGGAAGAAAUUCCGGCGGAGAGUUCAAGAAUCAACUCAGGUGCUGAGAGAACUAGAAAUUUCAUUAAGGACUAAUCACAUCGGAUGGGUGCGCGAGUUUCUAAACGAGGAGAAUAAGGGCCUGGACGUGUUGGUGGAGUAUCUCUCAUUUGCACAGUAUGCUGUCACAUUUGACGGUGACAGUUUUGAGAAUGGCACAGACAAUGCGAUGGACAAGUCGAAAUCCUGGAGUCGCUCUAUUGAAGAUCUCCACAGGGGGAGCAAUCUACCCUCUCCGAUUCCAGGAAGCAUCAGCAGAGCUGGGAGACACUCUACGUUAAGAUGUAAUACAUUACCCAGCAGAAGAACGCUGAAGAAUUCGAGACUGCUGUGUAAGAAAGACGACGUUCACGUCUGCAUUAUGUGCCUACGAGCCAUUAUGAACUAUCAGUAUGGCUUCAACAUGGUUAUGUCCCACCCUCAUGCUGUGAAUGAAAUUGCACUAAGUCUGAACAACAGGAACCCCAGGACGAAAGCACUAGUACUGGAGCUACUGGCUGCCGUUUGUCUAGUCCGAGGGGGGCAUGAGAUCAUUCUCGCUGCUUUUGAUAACUUUAAAGAGGUUUGUUCAGAAAAUCAACGCUUUGAGAAGCUGAUGGAGCACUUCAAGAAUGAGGACAAUAACAUUGACUUCAUGGUGGCGUGUAUGCAGUUCAUAAACAUUGUGGUCCACUCGGUAGAAGAUAUGAAUUUCAGAGUGCACCUACAGUAUGACUUCACUAAACUAUGUUUGGAUGAGUACCUGGAUAAGCUGAAGCACACUGAGAGCGAUAAAUUGCAGGUGCAAAUCCAGGCCUACCUGGAUAACGUGUUCGAUGUGGGAGCGCUGUUGGAGGAUGCUGAGACGAAGAAUGCAGCAAUAGAACGAGUAGAGGAGCUGGAAGAGAGCAUGUCUCAUAUGACAGAGAAGUUACAGGACACAGAAAAUGAAGCCAUGGCAAAGAUUGUAGAACUGGAGAAGCAGCUAAUGCAUAAAAACAAGGAACUGGACUCUAUACGGGAAGUCUACAAGGAUGUAAGCUCGCAGGUGCACACACUCAGGAGGGUGGUGAAGGAGAAGGACGAGGCCAUCCAGAGGCAGUGCAAUCUGGAGAAGAAGAUCCAUGAACUGGAAAAGCAAGGAACCAUCAAAAUCCAGAAGAAAGGAGACGGGGAUAUUGCCAUCCUGACCUCUGCACCAUCCACGAAUGGCCUGCUGGCGGGCACCGAGGGUGUGACGGGGGUACCGAAGGGUGCCUUGGUGGGUCCUGUGGGACCAAGUAACGGUGUAGAACCGGCCAUGUCCAUGCCACCACCUCCCCCUCCACCCCCACCGAUGCCUGCAAUGUUACUUAACGGUCCAUCAGCUGUCCUUGAGCCACCCCCUCCUCCUCCUCCUCCACCACCACCACCUCCACCUCUCCCAGGCUCUGGCGACACUGUAGAAGAAUCUUCCCCCAUGCCCCCACCUCCACCACCCAUGGCACCACCUCUACCAGGUUGUGGAUCCCCCACUGUAAUCUUCAACUCCGGUCUCGCAGCUGUGAAGAUUAAGAAGCCAAUCAAAACGAAAUUCCGAAUGCCAGUGUUUAACUGGGUGGCACUGAAACCCAACCAAAUCAAUGGCACAGUCUUCAAUGAGAUCGAUGAUGAGAAGAUACUGGAGGAUCUGAAUGUAGAUGAGUUUGAGGAGAUAUUCAAGACAAGAGCUCAGGGUCCUGCUAUUGAUGUCACGUCUAGCAAGCAGAAGACCAUCCAGAAGGUCCCGAAUAAAGUUUCACUACUGGACUCUAACAGGGCCAAAAAUCUGGCCAUUACACUCCGGAAAGUGGGCAAGACUCCCGAGGAAAUCUGCAAAGCAAUUCAGAUGUUUGACCUGCGGAUGUUGCCGGUGGACUUUGUGGAGUGUCUGCUGCGAUUUAUCCCCACAGAGGCCGAGGUAAAAAUGUUACGGCAGUAUGAGAAAGAGAGAAAGCCACUGGAAAACAUCACGGACGAGGACCGCUUCAUGAUGCAGUUCAGCAAAAUCGAGCGCCUCAUGCAGAAGAUGACUAUCAUGGCAUUUGUAGGGAACUUUAAUGAAAGUGUUCAAAUGCUCACUCCGCAAUUGCAUGCCAUUAUUGCAGCAGCAGUGUCCAUCAAGUCUUCUCAGAAACUCAAGAAAAUCCUGGAGAUUAUACUGGCUCUUGGGAACUACAUGAACAGCAGUAAAAGAGGGGCAGUGUACGGCUUUAAACUCCAAAGUUUAGACUUGUUAAUAGACACCAAAUCAACAGACAGGAAGAUCACACUAUUGCACUACAUUGCAAAUGUAGUGAGGGAGAAGUACCAGCAGGUGGCACUGUUCUACAACGAGCUCAAUUAUGUGGAAAAAGCAGCAGCAGUCUCUUUAGAGAAUGUGCUACUGGAUGUGAAGGAGCUCCAGAGAGGAAUGGAUUUAACUAGGAGAGAGUAUAGCAUGCAUGGCCACAACACACUGCUCAAAGACUUCAUACAUCUCAAUGAGAGCAAACUCAAGAAAUUACAGGAUGACGCCAAGAUUGCACAGGAUGCAUUUGAUGAGGUGGUAAAGUUUUUCGGGGAGAGCUCCAAAACCAUGCCUCCGUCAGUGUUCUUCCCUGUGUUUGUGCGCUUUGUGAAGGCAUACAGGCAAGCAGAGGAGGAAAACGAGCAGAGGAAAAGGCAGGAGCAGAUGUUGAUGGAAAAGCUGCUAGAGCAGGAGGCCAUGGAGCAGGAAGAUCAAAAGUCUCCCUCUCAUAAGAAUAAACGACAGCAGCAGGAGCUGAUAGCUGAGCUGAAGAAGAAGCAAGUGAAGGACAGUCGGCAUGUUUACGAGGGAAAAGACGGAACCAUCGAGGACAUUAUCACUGCCUUAAAGAAGAAUAAUAUUACUAAAUUUCCAAAUGUGCACUCGAGGGUAAGGAACUCGUCCAGUAGCACCCCAGUGGUGAUGGAUGGUACUCAGACCUGGCAAGCAUCCCUUUCUAUUUAUCCCUUUAUUUUACCUAACCUCAACCUCUCUGUUCUGAUUAUGAUGUUCUCUUUCUCCCUCAUCUCUCCCUCUCUCCAUCUUUCUUUAAACAUGUCAGGGCUAAUCAAGAUUUAACUGUCGGGAAUGGCAAAGUCUGCAGAUAGUUGCUCCAGUGAACAGCCCUUUUCAUUUGAUGUGUGAAGUUAUAAAUGAAUAGAGUCUACAUCCAUGUAACCUUGAGUAGUAGGUCUCUCUCUCGAGGGAAUAGACGUCUAAGGGUGUGCUCAGCAUUUUUUGUUUUAUUAAUGAGAAGGUUAUUUAAGUGAGAAGACAGACAUUCUAAAUUUAUCUGGAUUUGUAUGAGGUAAUUUUCUCUUAAGCUCAAGCUGCAUUGUCUGAUUUCCAGCACACCCAGCCUCUAGGAAUAUUCCGACACGAUGACUGACAAGUCUUUUCCUCCACCAGAUCUAAGAAACCAGCCUUACAGGCGCGCUGACGCAGUGAGGAGGAGUGUGCGGAGACGUUUUGAUGAUCAGAGCUUACGGCCAAUCAACAAUGCAGAGCUGGUGAUGUGACAGGCAGAGUGGAUGUGAUUGGUUGAGAUUGAGAUGGGAUUGAAGGAGAUGUUGAAAAACCCGUGUGUGUGUGUGUGAAAAGGACUGAUGAAGGAUUGUAACAGAGAGGACAUUCGUCUUAAGGGCCAAAAGCUCAAGCCACUUCCGACCAAGUGCCUGAAUUUAACAUUUGUGCGAUAUUGUCUUUAUACUUUUUAUUAUGUAUUGUUUUGUUUUUUUUCCUUUCAAGCAAUAGGAAUCUGUGCUGAUUUACCACAGUGUGACUUGUGAAACUGGACACGAACAUAUCGAACUCGUAUGGAAAAUCCAUAAUGAACUCGUAACAUUCCAGUGGGAAAUUUACUGCACAAUGUUGUUCGAAAACACUAAACGUGUACAAGGGCUAGGUGUAUUCUUAAAGAUUACAGGCAUGUGGAGCUUAGCGCAAAUCAAAAAAAGAACGGAAAGGCUAUGUAGCAUUGUUGAACGGCAACAUGGCAGGUUUUAUAAAGACAAUUAAAAACGGAUAGAGGGUUUAUGGAGAAGGUGUUCAUGGGAAAGCGAAAGGUCGUGUAAAGUAGAUGGUUCCAAGUUAAUGUGAAAUGUAUAUAACGUGAGCAUCGUCACUUAGCAGUGUUAGCAGACCAAAAUCCACUCGGCUCUCAAUUACAUUCUAGCGUCAUGCCAUGAAAUGGACCGUCUCCGAACCGCAUCACAGUGAAGUUUGACUAAUAAAAAGUUGUGCCCAAGUGCCCCUCGGCUUUUACCUUCGGUGGGAAGACCCAACAUCUGUAGCAGAACGGCUGGCUCCAAUAUUCAGGACUGUUUUAGUACAAUUACAGUACAAGCCAAAGAAAAAACAAAACAAAGAGCACCACCUCAGAUACCUGAUUCACCUUUUGUAAACAUUAAAAAAAAAAAUAAGUAAUGCAGAGGCACUUGUCUCCACUAACACAUUCAACCACUGAAGCCAGGCUUUUCCACGUGACUUAUGCAGACCACUACUUUUUCCAGCAAAAAAAAAAAAAAAAAAAUCUAGAAAUGCUUUUAAUUGUACAGAUAUUAUGCAGCAAAAAGGUUGCAUUUAAAAUAAAAUAAAAGAAAAUAAAAAAAAACACCAUUAUCAUAAAGGUUAAUAUUGUACAUAUUGAUUUCAUCAUGUUACUCCAUUUGAAUGUUAUUUUAACUUAUAGGUUUCAUUCUGUAUAUUUAAUUAAACGAAAAACAUGAAUUUGACGUAUCUAAGUACAUAGCACAGGUCUCGGAUUAUUUUUUACGCUUGCCUGGCAGUAUUAAGGCAAUAGAAUAACUGGCACAAUCUGACGCCAUGUAACCCAUCACUAAGGAAUACUGACAUGUCUCUCUGUACGCCGCCAUCGUCCCCUGUCCUUAAUACAUUCCAUUCCUUCUAUAGACCUGGAUCAAACUGGGAUGUCUUCUUUGUCCUCUAAUCAAAAUAAAUGUAUCUUUUACAUUGUGUUGUAAUAGCUGAAUUUGAUUUCAAUAACACUUUGUGUUAGAGCCACAGGUUUUUCAGUGCUGAUGAUUGAAUAAAGUCUUUACAUAACUAUAA